AUGAAUGAGUCUCCCUCACACAUGAAAAGGAAACAACCGGCAGAGAAUUCGGAGGGCAAGGAAGAAGUUCCCGCUCAAGAAUCCUCGUCGAAGAAGCGUACUUUAUCACGGACAUGUGUGCAUGAGGUAGCAGUUCCGAGUGUGCAUGAGGAAGCAGUUCCGAGGAGGUAUUCUGCAAAUAAUGAUGAAUCAGUUCAUGGGACACUCUCAGAUCCCAUCUUUAAUGGGGAAAGGGCAAAAACCUACCCAUUCAAGCUCGAUCCAUUUCAAGAAGUUUCUGUAGCAUGUUUGGAAAGAAACGAGUCGGUUUUGGUUUCGGCACACACUUCAGCUGGCAAAACUGCAGUGGCUGAAUAUGCGAUUGCCAUGGCCUUUAGGGAUAAGCAGAGGGUUUUGUAUACUUCUCCAUUAAAAGCUUUGAGCAAUCAGAAGUACAGAGAGUUGAGCCAGGAGUUUUCUGAUGUAGGGUUGAUGACAGGUGAUGUAACAAUUUCGCCCAACGCAAGUUGUUUGGUGUUGACAACUGAAAUUCUUAGGGGAAUGCUUUAUAGUGGUUCUGAGGUGUUGAAGGAAGUUGCUUGGGUCAUAUUUGAUGAGAUACAUUACAUGAAAGAUCGUGAAAGAGGUGUUGUUUGGGAAGAAAGUAUCAUUUUCUUGCCCCCAGCUAUUAAGAUGGUUUUCCUUUCAGCAACAAUGUCCAAUGCUACAGAAUUUGCAGAAUGGAUAUGUAAUAUACACAAACAGCCAUGUCACGUGGUUUAUACAGAUUUCCGGCCGACACCCCUGCAACAUUAUGUUUUUCCCGUUGGAGGCUCUGGUCUGUAUCUUGUUGUUGAUGAGAAUGAACAGUUCAGGGAGGAUAAUUUUUUGAAACUUCAGGACACUUUCAUUAAGCAAAAUCUGGCAGAUGGCAACAAGAGUGGAAAUGGCAGAGCGAGAAUUGUGACAGGUGGGACCGCUUCUGGUGGUUCUCAAAUAUACAAAAUCGUUAAGAUGAUUAUGGAGCGUAAAUUCCAACCGGUGAUAAUAUUUAGUUUUAGUAGAAGAGAGUGUGAAGAACACGCCAUGUCAAUGUCUAAACUUGAUUUUAAUACCCAAGAGGAGAAGGAAGUUGUGGAUCAAGUGUUCAAAAAUGCAAUCCUUUGCUUAAAUGAGGAGGAUAGAUGCUUACCUGCUAUUGAACAAAUGUUGCCAUUGCUUCAGAGAGGCAUUGCUGUUCACCAUUCUGGCUUGCUUCCUAUUGUCAAAGAACUUGUGGAACUUCUGUUUCAAGAAGGGCUGGUUAAAGCUCUAUUUGCCACAGAAACGUUUGCCAUGGGGUUGAACAUGCCUGCAAAAACUGUGGUUUUCACAAGUUUGAAAAAAUGGGAUGGUGAUAGUCAUCGAUGUAUUGGAUCUGGCGAGUAUAUCCAGAUGAGUGGUAGAGCUGGACGCCGUGGUAAAGAUGAGCGGGGUAUUUGUAUUAUAAUGAUUGAUGAAAAGAUGGAAAUGAAUACCCUUAAGGACAUGGUCCUGGGUAAACCAGCACCGUUGGUCAGUACUUUCAGGCUAAGCUACUACUCAAUCCUGAACUUAUUGAGCCGUGCUGAGGGACAAUUUACUGCGGAGCAUGUUAUCAAAAAUUCCUUUCACCAGUUUCAGUAUGAGAAGGCAUUACCUGACAUUGGGAAAAAGGUCUCCAAGCUGGAAGAGGAGGCUGCAGUGCUUGAUUCUUCUGGAGAGGCUGAGGUUACUGAAUAUCAUAAGCUACAGCUUGAGAUAGCCCAAGUUGAAAAGAAAAUGAUGGCAGAAAUGAUGCGGCCUGAAAGAGUUCUCUAUUUCCUUCAACCUGGUAGGCUGGUUAAAAUAAGGGAAGGUGGCACAGAUUGGGGUUGGGGAGUUGUAGUCCAUGUGGUGAAAAAGCCCUCGGCUGCAUUGGGCUCUUUGCCUGCUGCAAUUGCUUCUUCCCGUGGUAGUAGUUAUAUUGUGGACACUUUGCUUCACUGCUCUUUUGGCUUGAGUGAUAAUGGUUCUCAACCCAAACAAUGUCCUCCUCGUCCUGGAGAAAAGGGGGAAAUGCAUGUGGUUCCUGUUCAGUUGCCUCUUAUUUCUGCACUCAGCAAGCUCAGGAUUGCUGUUCCUUCUGAUUUACGUCCAACGGAAGCUAGACAGUGUGUUCUGCUUGCUGUACAGGAGCUUGAAAAACGUUUUCAGCAGGGCUUUCCGAAGCUUAAUCCUAUGAAGGACAUGGGAAUUGAAGAACCAGAAGUUGUUAAGCUCGUUAACCAGAUUGAGGAACUUGAACAUAAAUUAUUUUCUCAUCCAUUGCAUAAGUCUCAAGAUGAACAUCAGAUUAGAAGUUUCCACAGAAAAUCAGAAGUGAUUCAUGAAAUUCAACAGCUAAAGUCGAAAAUGCGUGAUUCACAGCUUCAAAAAUUUCGCGUUGAACUUAGGAACCGCUCACGGGUACUGAAAAAGCUGGGGCACAUUGAUGCUGAUGGUGUUGUUCAGUUGAAAGGGCGAGCAGCCUGUUUGAUAGAUACAGGAGAUGAGCUCCUUGUUACUGAAUUGAUGUUCAAUGGUACCUUCAAUGAUCUUGAUCAGCAUCAAGUCGCUGCUCUGACAAGUUGCUUCAUUCCAGGAGACAAAUCAGGGAAAAUAGAUGUAACAGCAGUACUUGUUAAACCACUGCAACAGCUUCAAGACAGCGCUAGAAGAAUAGCAGAGAUACAACGUGAAUGUGGACUUGAAGUAAAUGUGGAGGAAUAUGUGGAGGCAGCAGUCAGACCAUACUUGAUGAAUGUGAUCCACAUGUGGUCAGAGGGAAAAUCUUUUAAAGAUGUUACAGAAGAGACAGACAUCCUUGAAGGUAGCAUUAUACGACUAGUUAGAAGGCUUGAUGAAUUUUUAAACCAGUUGAAAGCUGCUGCUCAUGUGGUCGGGGAAGCUGAUUUAGAGAACAAAUUUGCAGCAGCUAGUGGAAGCCUUCGCCGAGGGAUAAUGUUUGCAAAUUCACUGUAUCUCUGA